AUGACAAUCUUCUUAAUGUGUUCGAUUUGUUCAAAUUUGGCCAUGAUCUCUUCAUUCUCAUUAAGAUUAACAUCUUCAAUUUUUAUAGAGAUGUCAGAUCAAGCAAACGAAGUAACACACACAGAGCAAGUCAUUGAGAACAAUGAUGUUAAUCAAGAUGAAGAUUUAGUAGAAAAAGAACCAUAUGUACAACCCGUUUAUGAAAUAUCUGCAACUGAUCACAUCAACAAAUCUUUAUUAGGUACCUAUGUUCAUACUAUCAAUAGAUAG